CAGGGCUCCAGUAUAUUGCAAGAAAUUUCAUCUAUUCUUGUUUUGUGAAACAUGGAAGAAGUUACAACUUAAUUCCAUCGAUCAAACAUAUUUUCUUCUGUUUUAAAGAAGGAAUUAUGAUCACACCAUAAAUCAAUAUUAUAAGAAUUAUAUACAUAUUUAUAACAUUAGAGGAAGUUAAUCUUUAGAAUUUAUUUACUCAACUGUUGGAUAUAUUACAAGUGUCUGGAACAAUAUCACAAUUAACUUUUACAAUGUUUCGUUUUGUGGUAUUCUUGAUAUGGACCUGUCUUGCUUUACGGAUACAUUCGACACGCCUCUUCGAUCCAACACCCCGGAAUGCCCUCUGGACUUACUCAUCACUAUUGGACAAUGGGGGCUCAGUUUUGGAUUGUGGAGGAAUUAACAGGCAAUGGAAUGUAAAUGGCGGGAAAUGUGGUGUCUGCGGUGAUCCCUGGGAUGGAUUACGUCUCCACGAAGAUGGCGGCAAAUACGCACAGGGAACUGUGGGAGGAAUAUACAGAACCGGAAGUACUGUUCUGUUUACGAUUGAAACCCCAGAAAAAAUUGGAGGAGAAAUCAAAUUUAAGCUAUGUGACCUCACAGAAAAGGGUAAAGACCUACACCAGAGCUGUUUCGACAAGCAUGUUCUUCUGUUUGCGGACAACAGAAAGAAAAGUCAUCGGGUGAAAUCUCAAGACACUUUCGUUGAUGUUCAUGUUCAACUUCCGGCUGGGCUUGUCUGUCGGCACUGUGUUUUACAGUGGACGUUUGUACAAGAUAAUGAAGAAUGUCCUAAAUGUGUGGAAAGAAGAACAAUCCGUAAUUGUGCAGAUAUACAAAUUACCCCAGGAAAAAUCCGACAAAAGCGCCAGGUCCAAGGGUGGAAAAACCAACAACAUGAUCAAACAAACCUUGGUAAGAGAGUGGAAUGGCUCGGGGUUCAGGCAAAAAAAGCUGCAGCCGCUCAUGCAACCGCCAAAAAACCAACAGUGAUGAAGGAUGCAGAGAUUUAUAGAACAGAGCUGAAAAAGGUAGAAUCAAUUGCUCCGAAACCAACUCCUCCAAGACACUUGAACGGUAGACAACAACAUUUCUAUCAACUUCAACAUCAGAGGGCGCUUCAUCGAAAUCAAAAUCGGCAGUUUGGUCAGCCACAGAACUCUGGUCCUUCAUUGUAUGGUCAUAAUUCCGAAGUAAUGUCUAGCAGGGCUAACAAACAUAAUUUUAAGCUCACGCAGCAAGCAAGACCCAAGAGACCAAAGAAAAACCAAGUAGAACCGUCACCCGCGUUUGUUAAUGUAGACUCAAAACCAACACAGGCAGCACAGCGGAAUCCAUUGCCAACACAACAGACUCAACAGCAGUCAAAACAAAAUAAACAGAUCAACAAUCAUCGUCAUAAACAACACAAAGCAGCUAACAUAAUUCAAAACAGCGCAAGACCUACGAACCAGCCCAUACGUCAGUAUCCCCACAAGCAGCACCCUAAUCAACCUAUGUACAACAAUAAUCAACAGCAACAUCAAAAUCACUUCAACCAACGUACCCAAGCGAUACCGCAUCAAAAGUUUGCUCGCCAACAACACUAUCAGCAACCUAGUAAUUACAAUAAUCAAUGGAAUAUGCAAAGAUGGAACCCAAACAAUCACAAUUCCCAACGUAUUCAACGUCCAAGAAACUCACUCUCGCAAACAUAUCAACAACCCCCGAAACCAUCUCCUUCCAUGGAUGCUGUCGGGGGUGCAUUCAGUUCGCAGUUUGAUAAACCAUCUGGUGGGCUUUCAAGCAUGCCUUCAGAAAACCCGCACAAAAAACCAUUCAACGACAUGGUAGCAAAGACACAUUCUGGCGGAUUCCUAUCCUCUCAAGAAAGCUUGAUACCGAGGUCCUCAAAUCCAAGCCCUUACAAUAAAGGUAGACGACCUCCAACUCCUUCUUCAUCUGGACUGUAUCCCACUAAUGAUGUUGUACCCUCUGUGUCUGCGGGGAAACCCCCUCUCAGCAACUUUAAAGGAGACACUCCAAUUUCAAUAGAUCGCCCGGCUAGGGGUAUGAAUUCUGAUACAAAAUUUGUAAGAAAUAUCAUUCAACCAGCUGGAUUUAAGGACAUUCCUCAUUUAGAUUUUGUACAUGCUCCAGAAGUACAAAGACAACGCAUAGGCCCCAAAAAUAUUCAGAAACAGGCACAACCCACUACUCCUUCUCCAAAGGACGCUCAGUGGAUGGCGCAAUCGAAUUAUGUGCCUAAACCCCAGCAAACAUGGAAAAAUAAUGUUCCAAAUCAACAGACAUGGCAAAAACCAGCAUUGGAAGGAGGGGCCCAAUCAACGCAGACACAACAGUCUUUUGUUCCUAACAAAAAACCAUUGCAGUCACAAUUAAAACUAGAGCCACAAAACAUGAAGCAGCCAAUUAGAACGCCAACAGAAGUUCCCAUAAAGGUUCAACCUAAUCCACAGUGGUUUAAUCCACAACCAAGACAGUCUAAACAAGCAAAUAUUCAGCGCAUAUCUAGCCAGCAGGGUUGGCUUAAUAAUGUGGCUCCAACUCAAGCAUCAAUCAAAAGACAGGGUCAGUCACAAAAUCAGAAGUGGAAUAAUAAACAAUCACAGGCAUCAAAAACACAAACACAGGGCAUUCUAGAAAAAGAACCACAACAUAAUAUGAAUUUGAACAAUCAGAUGCAGAAAAGACAGCCGAUGCCACAACAAAGCUCAAACAAUCAGCCUAUGAACCAACCAGCUAGACAUAUUCAACCAAAUCAACAACAACCAAGAAAUCAGUUUCAACAAAUGCAACAAAAAGUAUCUGCAAUUCAACAAAAUCCCCCACAACAUUGGCAGCAACAACGGAACGUGAAUGGACUUCGAACGCAAGGAAAUACUAAUACUGAAAUGGUACACACUAGAGUUCAACAGCCAACACCUUCAGAAAUGCCUUCACAGCAACAGCAGUGGAUGAGGCAGAAUUGGCAAGCACAAGGAGUUCAACAAUCCAAUCCCUACCCAUCUGCAGCACCUAUUACAAGACAUCAGGCAGAGAAUCCGCCAUACAGGGUAAAGAAUAAUAAAAAGCCUUUUACUUUGAAUGCAGAUCCAAAAGCGAUGCGAUGGAGCCCGAAAGUUGCAAGACAAUUUUUUGGUGGACUUACUGUAUACGAUCCAAGUGGGAGUCCAUCAAUAAAAAAACCGAAGGCUUCACCACCAAGUCCUCCUGUAGCUCAAAGAUCCAUCUCUACUCCUGCUCCAGCUGUAAACCCAUCGCCCCCAGUUGCUUCUUCAUCCGUUAACAAGUGGAACACUGCACAAGCACCAGCUGCACCAGUUCCCAAUCAGAUCCAACAACCUGCCGUUCAAAAUGCUCCAUCCCAGAUAAAUAGGAGUGCCAUUCCCCCAAAUUAUGCUCAACAGCAACAAACUCAGCAGACCCAAAAUGUUGCGCCGCCUAGACAUGGACAGCAACAAAACCAGCAACCUCAAAAUGCUGCACCCCCUUCAUACAUUUCUCAGCAACAGCAACAAGUUCAGAAUGCACCUCCACCCUCACAAGUACAACAAUCACAACAGAUUCAAAAUACUGUUCCACAAACACAGAAUACAGUACAGGGUCAAACCCAAAAGAAACCCACUAAAAUCAUGACAAAUAAACUAGUGUCUGGUAAAAACAUCAAAGGAAUUAAUUCACCAUUAUUUGUUCUUCAAACAAAGGCAGAAUUAAACAGGCAUUUGGACAAAACGGAGUCACUUUCCAGUACAAAGAGCACUGAUCAAAUGCUGAACAUUGGGGAAUAUGAUACUGGGUUUAAAGGCAAUAAAAAUCCUUUAUACGUUGUUGGUGCACCUCUCAAAGUUUUUGACCCCAGUCCUGAACCUUCUCCACAUAUAGAAAUCAUUCCAAGUCAAUCAAGUCGUAUAAGUCCAACGCAGAACAACCCACCACAGAACCCAUACACACAGCAAACAGUUCUUCAAAGUCAACAAAACAUGCAUUCCCCUACAACUCAAAAUCAAUCACCUCAACAAGGUGUUGUUCAUGGUCAACAACCACAACAAAGAAUGGUUUUAGGUCAACAAAAUCCAAUUCCAACUCCUGCUCCGACUAAUGCCCCAACCACUGGUGCCUCACGUUUAAUUAAUCCAUUCCUAGGUAGUCCACGUCCUCUUCCAAAAACUCAGGAAUUAAUCGGUCAACGUAAUCUCCCUUCUACAGGACAGCAAAACUCACAACCCUUUCCUGGUUUUAAUUCAGCUUUGGUUAGGGGGGGCCCUAACGUAGCAAUGUCAACAACUCCAAACCCAACAGCAACGCCAAAAUUCCGACAAGGCAGUUUGGCAGCGAUUGGAAGAGGAAUGACUAAAAGUAACUUGCAAGGUGCAAUUUUAGCUGCAGAAACAACUACUACAAGAUCUCCACCAGUUAUAAAUGCUAGACAGCAAUUUUUCUCUGCACACGGAAAGGGAAUGUUCCGGCCAACAUUUACUCGUAAAUUGCCUCAACGAUAUCCACAGUAUCCUCCAAGAAACAUUCCACAACCAUUUCAAUCAAGAAUGGUACAAAAUAAACCCCAAACUGGAAUUUCGCAACCACGAGUAAGAGGGCCUCCAGAGAAAAUGACGACAUUAGAUGCUUUGAUUAGGAGACAGCCAACGUCAACCACAACAGAAAAUCCUCAAAAUCAAGCACAUUAUGUUCAAAAUAACAAGAAUAGGUUGACCAACUCAAGACUUUCUAGAAAUAUGCAAACACUAUAUUCAAAUAUACAAAGACCAUCUAACGUUCCACAGCAGAUUCCACAACAAUUUCCUCAACGUCCUUUGUCGAACCCACAGACUUCUGGCUCUCAGUUGAGUAGCUGGAAAAAUCCUUCUCCUCAGCAGAAUCCACAGUAUGUUAGAAGACAACAAUCUGGACUUUCGCAGAGGUUUAACCAACCAGGUAAUGUUAAUCUAAUGGCAGUCACACCAGGUCCAACAUCAAAUCAGGUCAAUGUUAGAAAACCUAGUAUUUUAGCAAAACAGAAUGUUCUCUCACCAACAUCUACACCAAUGGAACAACCUAAUCCUGUAUCUAAUCUAAAGCCAGAAAAUAUGCUUGGAUCCAACACUGUAGUUAGUGGACCUAAGCCACAAAGAGGCCCACAACAACCGCAGCCCAGAGGACCACAACCUGCUCCACAAAGUAUUCCAAAACCAAUCGUCAGAGACCCUCAGCCAAUCAAAGGGCCUUACCAACCUCAGAUGCUUCAAAAACCUUCGCUUAGCCAGAAAGCUUUUGAGAUGGGCAGCAGUAAAUCUAAUGCAUUUAGUUCAUUUUUAAUGACAGGGGGUCGUAAAGCAGGUGUAGCUGCAGCAAAUGCGAUUGAAAAGCCGCAACAAGGUUUACAGAACUCUGUUAAACGAGCUGAAUUUGUCGCACCUGGCGAUGCAGUAAGCCCUGCAAAGAAGUCGAAUACAGUUUAUUCAAAUCCUUUGCAGUAUCAAAGACAAAGAAGGGGUUUUGGGAUUGUAUCAGGAGGUCUUUCAUCGUCGAAAAUUGAUCCAAUCACUGUAAAAAGGGCGCAACAACGCCUUCGCCCAUCAGAGAGUCCAAAACUUUCGCAUCUUGGAAAAGUACUAGGAAGAGAACAGCGCGCACAUAGGCUUGGCAGCUACCAAAACGUUCUCCACAGGGCAGGGGUAACCCCAGACGCCGGAAAUAGCAAAGUUCUAUGGUCUGUUCAUACAACACCAGCAGAAUCUAAGAUCAUCUAUCAAGACGCCAUUCAGAAUCAAGCUAUCGCUGAAAAGGGGGCUCCAGUACCAGGAUACUACAGAAGAGAUCUUGCUGUUGAGAAGCAACCACAGUCCGUAGUGCCGGAAGUGAAGGCCAUAAAUACCAAAACGCAACAGUCCGCAAUGAGUGGACCCUUGCCAAUGGAAAUGGAAAAAUCCCGUCACAGUGUUAGGAAUAACGCAUAUCCCCAAGUAAAGCCCAAAGCGGUCAAUCAUCGAUCAAAUCAGCAGAUGCCCGGCUCGCAAAACGUGUAUCCAAAACCUGUAUCGACAGGAAAUUCAAAUCCUCAUGAAGCGCCAGCUAAAAUGGCAGUUGUUGAUCCUCCCGUUCAAAGAAAACAAAUAAAGAAACAAAACCCUCAACAACAACAGCAGCAACAACAACAACAGAUGUUACUAGAGAAACAGCAUCAGGGGACUGAACAAAAAACAACGCCACAGCCUAAAGUCAACUUCCGCCAGGCGCAGAGGUAUCAGCCACAGCAAUUCUUUAGAUUUAGAUCUUCUUCGUUUGGAAUACCACAAAUCAGACAGGCAGCUCCCAAACCUACAAGUGGUACCGUUGUUCAAUACAACAGAACUCCAUGAUUUAAUUUUAGGUUUCGUUGUUAUUCAUUGACAAUCUUUUGAAAGUGGUCUUGUUUCUCUUUUCGAAUUUUCGAGAUUUUAUGUGUGGACUGUGACGUCACAUUAUACAAAUGGAUAGCCGAAGCUAACGAUACGAGAUUAGAAAAAGUGGUUAAGAAAUAAGAUUUCUGUUUUUUGCUCUGUUCUUUUCAAAAUUUUAAUUCAUUAUUUUUCUCGUAAAGUCAUGAAAACAUUUUGUGAUAUACUUGUGGAGUUUACAAAUAAAUGGCUGGAAGAUUACCGGAUGAUGAUUCGGUCUUUUGACGUCAGACUGAACGUGACGUAAUCAUAGUGAGUGUGAAUGCUUGUUGAAUUUGUUGCUGUUUUAGUGUUUGUAAAUAUUUAUUGAUUUCGUAUAUAAAAUGUUAAAGAUGAAA